GUGCUGUGGGGGAGCUGGUCGCUGUCCUGGAGCCUCGGCCGAACCCCGGCAGGGGUCAGAGGUCACGGGCCUCCCCCGGGCCCGGAUGGGACCCCUCCGGGCCAGUCGCCUUGGGCUGCUGCUGCUGUCGGCGCUGGCCUCCUUGGGGCUCCUGUUUGCCUUUUACUACUCCAGUGCCCCUGGCCCUCUCCUCCCGGGCACGGCCCGGGUUGUGGCAUCACAACCGGCUGUCCAGGGCCCGGCCUUCUCCCCUGUGGGGCCCGAAGCGGAUGAAACUUUUCCUGAAGCCAGAGAGCCUGAGUCUCGGACGGAAAAGCUCCAGUCCUGUGCCCAUCCCCUGUCCGCUGCCGCCCAGCAACAUAGCUACUUCGGGAAGCUCUUCAACUUCAGCAUCCCGGUGUUGCUGUGGGGUGGGCUCUCCUCACCUGAGCUCUGGGACCACCUGAGCCAGCGGAGCGGCCCCUAUGGCUGGCAGGGCUUGACCCGAGAAGCUGUGGCCUCCACCCUGCACCUCCUGAACGACUCAGCGAGUGGGCUGCUGUGGGGCGCCGGCGAAGGCCCGGGCAGCGGCUGCGUUCGCUGCGCCGUUGUGGGAAACGGAGGCAUCCUCAACGGCUCCCGGCAGGGCCGCCACAUCGAUACCCACCACUUCGUCUUCAGGCUCAACGGGGCUGUGACCAAAGGCUUUGAGGAGGAUGUGGGCACCAAGACCUCAUUCUACGGCUUCACAGUGAACACCAUGAAGAACUCGCUGAUCGCCUACUCAGAUCUGGGCUUCAGGGCUGUGCCCCAGGGCAAGGACCUGCGCUACAUCUUCAUCCCUUCGGACCCCCGGGACUACAUGAUGCUGCGCUCGGCCAUCCUAGGCGUGCCGGUGCCCGAAGGCGUCGACAAGGGCGAUGAUACCAUCUCUUCAAACCACCCCGUCACGCCCCUACCCUCUUAUCCACUUUCUACCGCCCUCCCUUCCUCUCCCUCCCCACUCGCUCCCUCUACCGCUUUUCCUCUUUGGGAAUUUAGACCGCGUACCUACUUCGGCCCAGAAGCCUCUGCCCGGAAAUUCAGGCUGCUGCACCCUGAGUUCAUCUACUACCUAACUGAAAGGUUCUUGAAAUCGGAAAUCCUCCACAGCCAGUUUGGACAGCUCUACAUGCCCAGCACCGGGGCCCUCAUGCUCUUGACUGCCCUGCACACCUGUGACCAGGUCAGUGCCUAUGGGUUCAUCACUGCCAAUUACCGCCAGUUCUCUGACCAUUACUACGAGCGUGUGAAGAAGCCCCUCGUGUUCUAUGCCAACCACGACCUGCUCCUGGAAGCCGAACUGUGGCAGGGGCUGCACCAGGCCGGGAUCAUGCGGCUGUAUCAGCGCUGACUUUCAUCACCCCGGACCCCAACUUCCCCACCGAGGAACGAGACGAGGACGAGAAAUCCAAACCAGAGCCCAGGCCAGUCCUGACUACUGGCACCCUGGAUGGGGGCCAGGAUCCCGGCUGAGGGGUGAUCGAGGGGCCUUCUUCCAGCGAGCAGCAGAGCAUCCUGCCUGCCGGGCAGGAGGGGCGGACAGGGCAAGUCUCCCAUCGAGGUGGGAGCCGGGGCGGGCACCAGACUACUUUCGAGAGGAUGGCCAGUGGGCAUCCCAGCUAUGGCACCGCCACAAGCCUGGAGGCGACCCCAAGGUCCACAGACCUGGGCCAACCGAAGGAGGUUCCGUCCUGUAAGGCAAUAGCGGGGCCAGGAGACAACGCAGAGAGAAGCCAACUGCAGGUCACUUGCCCCUCCAGGAGGGCACAAGCAGCCGUGGCCCAGCCCAGGCACAGGGUACACAAAGGGCGGUACAUUGCAACCCGAGACUUUUUCCCACUCUGGAUAAUUGCAUAAAUGUUAAAUGAUCCUU